AUGCUGGCAAUAACAUUACUAGGCGUGGUCCUCGCGUGCCUCGCCGACCAAUCAAAAACCGCUAUAGAACAGCCAAUCGGCAACCCUGAAGUAUUCCUGCAGCUGAAGUACGACGGGGGAGAACUGGAGAGGAUCUACCUCACGCAGUUCCGCAAGGAGGGUCGGCCAGUUCCCGCCAAGCAGAGCCUGUGCUCGGAGCUGUGUCACGCAGGUUUUGGCGGCAACGCGUGCGGAUCAGCUUGCCUCUCCCUCAUGCCGGUUGGUCUGAAGACGGCUCUUACUAGUGGGAACAGAAGUAGUGAACAGUAUGGCCAGCCGAGGGUCGAUGUGUGUCCUUCUUUGUGUGAUAAUCAGCUUGGUGAGCCUCUCUGCAACUGCGUGAGCGGUACUACAUUCACGCACCCAACCAACUGGACCAUGGUCUGCGAAGCAUUUUGCGUCACCGACGGAUAUGUACUAAAUGGUUGUCCAGCCUGUGACGUAUACCCAACUACCCUACAAACACUUGCUGUGAACGCAAGAAUGCUCGAUACGGUAGACGGCUGGCAAACUUGGUGCAACGUACAAUGCAGACAGGGACAGGGCGGCGCGGCUUGCAACUGCGACCGAAUGCCAUUCUAAUGUCAAACGUCAAACAUCAUCUGUCAAAUGCUGAGGUCAAAUGUCAUAUUUUUUUUUACAGAUUAUAAAUUUCAAAUGUGACAACUGAACUGGCAGUUCGUAUACA